GGUUACCUCGUGGUGUUGUUCUUGCGUUGUUAUUGUUGUUAAUGUGAUAGAAGUGUUGUGAUAUUGUACUACUCUUGUUUAUCUGUAUUUUUGUCGGUUUCAGGGAGAGUUUAAGGUUUUUUAUCCACGCUUCGAGGACCAUCUAAAAAAUUUGCAGGGGUCUCUAACGAACUAGUGAUUGAAGUUUAAAACAAGGUAAGUUGGUACGAACAGAUACUACUCGUGUUUAUUUGGAUUUUAUUGUUUCAGGGGGACUCAUGAUGGACUACAUUGGUCGCAAGAAAUUUUGCUGCAAAUAUCCAGGGUGCAACAACUGGUAUUACAGCAAUACGUCUACAGACUUCGUCAACAAACAUUUCUUCAAAUUUCCAAGAGGUGAUCGCCAGGAAGCUUGGAAAAAUGCUUGUAAGAUAGAUUUUCCAAUAAAUCCAAGCUCUUGGCGCAUUUGUGAAGACCAUUUUCGAGAUGCUGAUUUUGUAAAUCAGAGAAAGGAACGUUUGAAUUUUAAUGCAGUUCCAAUUUCGUUAGUAAAUGAAGGGGUUUCCCAGGUUGAAAGUUCAUCAUUUUCAUAUGAAAUUAAUGGAACAAGCCACUCUGCAAUUUGUAUUUGUCACCAACCUUCAAGUUCAUUGAUCAAAUGUCCUUUGCAUUUCUCUGAUUUACAAGACAGUGCAAUCAGUAAUGAAGUUAUAGAAUAUUCUGCUUUUGAUAAUUUUAUUCUGGAUCAUAAUUAUUGUGGAAAUCCGCAGAAUAAUCAAUUUGUAAAUAUUUUUUACGAACAUGAUUAUUGUGGUGCCAUGACUGAUUAUGAUUUAGAUAAAGAUUCUCAAGACCAUAAUAAUAUAACUUCUCUUCAUAAUGAAAUCCCCGUCAACCUUAACAAAUUCGAUUUUUUGACCGAAAAUUCAAACAAGUCUGGCAUAUUGUCCAAAAUUGGUCUCUCAGUCAAAGAAUUAACUCCUAGAAAAGCAAAAAUGUAUGAAAUUAAUCGUAAUUUAAAAUCUAAAAUGUGUAAAUUGACUAAACUUUUGGAAAAGGAAAGAGAUAAAGUUAAAACUUUGCAAACAUUAUGUGAUUCUGGUAAAUUUAAAUUCAUUGAUGAACAUUUAAAUUCAGUCAAUAAAGAUUUUAUUAAUUCUCAGAUACGCAACUCUUCACAAAAGCCUCAUGCACGCAGGUGGACAGAUCAAGACAAAGCUUUUGCAUUGGCUUUGUAUAAAAAAAGUCCACGUGUUUAUAAAUUUUUGCAAAUCCACUUUCAGUUGCCCUCUUCAAGGACACUAAAAGGUUUAUUGUCGAAUAUUCAGUUUGAGACAGGGGUUAAUCCUGGAAUUUUGAGACAUUUAAAAAAUCAAGUCGCGAAAAUGAAGGCACCAGAUCGUUUUUGCUCAUUGCUAUUUGAUGAAAUUUCUUUAAGUGGGGGCUUUCAUUAUGAAAAGGUGAAACAAUACAUCAGUGGCUACGAGGAUUUGGGUUCACUUGGGCGAACAAACAGGGCAGCAAACCAUGCUCUUGUUUUCAUGGUUCGGGGAGUCAGACGUCAGUGGAAGCAAGUCAUUGCGUAUUAUUUCACCUCACAUACUGUUUCAGCAGAAAAUUUGAGAUUUCUUAUCAUAGAAAUAAUACUGCAACUGCAGGAAGUUGGUUUGACUGUAGUUGCUACAGUUUGUGACCAAGGGCCUACUAACGGUGCUGCAGUAAACCAACUUUGCGGCAAGAAUCCGUAUUAUUUCUACGUUAACAAAUAUCGAAUUGUCACGAUUUAUGACGUGCCACAUCUGCUAAAAAUCACCAGAAAUGCAUUGUUAAAAUGCAAAAUAGAAUUUGCUCCUCACAAAUGCGCCAAAUUUGAACACAUCAAGAAUGUCUUCGAUUUUGACCAAAGGAAAACUUUCAAAUCAUUGCCAAAAUUAAAGGAGGAACACUUCAACUUUGCAGAUUCUUAUGUGAAAAUGAAGGUCAAGGUUGCUGCUGCACAGCUUAGCAGUUCAAUGGCAAGUGCAAUUGAAACGUACAUUGCAUUGGAAGUUUUGGAACCUGAAGCCAUUUUCACUGCGGAAUUUGUACAUAAGAUUGACACUUUGUUCGAUUCACUAAAUAGCUCGAGUAGCCAAGUGUGUGAUCACAAAAUUUUUAAAUCCGCGUUGCAUAAAGGAUCACCACAUUUAACAUUUUGGUCAGAAUUGCUGGAAGAACUUGGCCAUUGGAAGUUGAUUCAUUUAACAAAGAAAACUGACGUCACAAAUCGGUAUUAUUUUGUUGACGGAUGGCAAACUAUUAUGAUUAUCUGGUUUUUAUUCUGUAAAAACAUUGAAAAACAAAAAUUACUAAAUAACAACACUUACAUUAGCGACCUCUAG